GUUUGUUGUCAACCCCAUUGUCAACAUUUCUUUUUAACAACAAUUAGACGAUUAAGACCGAAUGCUUCCCGUAAUUUUGAAUGUAGUAACGUAGUACAACCCGGAGGGAUGUUGUGUGUGGUGUUUUGCUAGUAGUUUAUUUCCCCGAAGGUCAUUAACCUCCUGAAUCUGUUAGGAUGUCCAAGACGCGGAUGUACCCCGUUUACGGGAGAACCCCGGCUUGUUCGAUACAGUCUCGGCUGGAGGAGCGUCGAAACAAAGCGAAAGCUUCAAAGCUUGAGCACAACCGGAGGACCGACAAGCCUGAAGACUUCAUAACUUACGAAGACAGUGACAGUGACGAAGAGACUGUAGCGAUGCAAAAGGAAGUGUUAAAUACCUCGUACAACUUCGUAGAUUACGUUAAAAGUAGGGAAAUGUAUGGCAAAAACAUUACGUCCGUGCUGAGUGACUAUGGGUCGCGCCAUAUCCUCACGCACGAAAUGUUUCGGGAAACCCCCAUUACGCUAGGUAACAUGAAUAAAGUAUUCUGUUCGCAGUGGUUGAGUGACAGACAGGUUGUGUUCGGUACGAAAUGUAACAAGUUGAUGGUAUACAAUGUAGUGACGCAUAAGCUGGACCAAAUCCCUUCGCUGGUGAGCCGGAGGGACAGCCUGGGGGCGGAGCAGGCCCACUGCGGCAUCCACUCAGUACAAAUCAACCCCUCGCGGACGCUGCUCGCAACAGGGGCGCGAAACACGUGUGAUAUAGCAGUAUAUAGGUUGCCAACGCUUGACCCUGUUUGUGUGGGUGAAAAUGCGCAUAAAGACUGGGUGUUUGAUAUGUGUUGGUUGGACGAUGAGUUCCUCGUCUCGGGGUCAAGGGACACCAAAAUGGCCCUCUGGAGGAUAACGCCGGACUUGUUCGAAAACAAAACGGACGUGCCGAUGUACCACCACGUUUCGGCCAUUUCGGUCAAAGACUGUCGCAACUCGCAAAGGGUCAGAGCUUUGACGUUCAAUAAAGCGUACGAGGAGAUCGCAGCGUUGAGUUUGAACGGUUACAUCCAUAUAUGGAACGCGGAAACGUUUAAGCAGAAAUUGUCGAGAAAAUUGCCUUCCACGCAAGAAAAUGUGUGUUUAGCGGUCCAAGAAUCAGGAUUGUAUGCAAUUGGAUGCAGGUCAUACACGUUGUUGCUGGACUGCCGGACGCUUCAGGCCGUUAAAAAGGUUUCUUCGCGCUAUUCUGGUUGCGGAAUCAGGUCGGCUAGUUUUCAAGGGGACGUACUAACUGUAGGGACUGGAUUAGGGAUGUUGAUGUUUUAUGACUUGAAAGCUGGGAAGUAUUUGGACUCUAGUAUAAACUCCUCGCGGACGGUUGUACUUAAAGCCAGCAAAGGCUAUGUGUUUCCUGACGACGAAUUCGUAGAUAAUAUCCAGAAUGUAAAAUACGUUCCAGCGAUUUAUACACACUGUUACGACACUAGUGGAACGCGAUUAUUCACUGCCGGAGGGCCUUUGCCAGCCACACUAACUGGAAAUUAUGCAGGUUUAUGGCAAUAGUUGAAUUAAGACUAGUACUAAUUAAGAAUGAAAGGAAUCCAAAUCGGAGGCUUAAAAGACAAGGUCAAUCGUAAGAAGAAAACUUAUAUUGUAUGUAGAGUUUUAAGUGGCUUUUUUAUUUAUGGAUGUACUUGUGCAAUGCAUUCCUUUUUUAUUAUUGAUUUUAUUUGUUAUCUCCUCCCCAGUGGACUAGUCAUAUUUUAUAUCUUCGCCUCGUCACUGUACAUACAACAUAAGGUAAUUUGUUCUGUAAUUGUGAUAUUAAUUUUACUGAAUAAAAGGGUGGCAGACUCACGAUUAA